AUGUGCUGCUCCCCUCGCUGCCAGCCCAGCUGCUGCAGGCCCACCUGCUGCGGGUCCAGCUGCUGCCAGCCUUGCUGCCGCCCAUGCUGUGGAUCCAGCUGCUGCCAGCCUUGCUGCCGCCCCUGCUGUGUGUCCAGCUGCUGCCAGCCUUGCUGCCGCCCCUGCUGUGUGUCCAGCUGCUGCCAGCCUUGCUGUCGCCCAACCUGCUGCCAGCCCACCUGCUGCGGGUCCAGCUGCUGCCAGCCUUGCUGCCGCCCAACCUGCUGUCAAACCACCUGCUGGAGAACCACUUGCUGCCGGCCCAGCUGCUGCUGCCGCCCUUGCUGUGUGUCCAGCUGCCGCCGCCCUUGCUGUGUGUCCAGUUGCUGCCAGCCCUCAUGUUGCUGA